AUGCAGUUCAAGAUCGCCGCGGUUGCCCUCUUUGCCAGCUUCACCGCUGCCCAGGACCUCUCCCUACUCCCCGACUGCGCGACCGACUUUGCCUGCAUCUGCGCUUCGAGCGCGUACAACAACGCCGUGACCACUUGCGUCCUGGGUGCCUGCCAGUUUCUUGACGCUCUGGCCGCUCAGGACUGGGCCACCAAGACCUGCAGCAACGCUGGCGUUCCCAUCUAG